GCUUCUCAUACCAUGCUCUUCGUGUAUGGUAUUUAGCGCGCAUGCGCAGAUUAGUCUUCCUUUUUCCAGUGCAGCGGAGUCAAUCCCAAGCGGUCUUUGACUCCUGGCUCCGGCUUCGGAGACUAAAAAGUCUGCAAAAUGGGAUUUGUAAAAGUAGUGAAGAACAAGGCCUAUUUCAAGAGGUACCAGGUGAAGUUCAGGAGGAGGAGAGAGGGAAAAACUGACUACUUUGCCCGCAAACGCCUGGUCAUCCAAGACAAGAACAAAUACAAUACACCCAAGUACAGGAUGAUCGUCCGCUUCUCCAACAGGGACAUCAUCUGUCAGAUCGCCUACGCCAAGAUCGAAGGAGACAUGAUUGUGUGUGCAGCGUACUCUCAUGAGCUCCCCAAGUACGGCAUCACUGUGGGGCUGACAAACUACGCAGCAGCCUACUGCACUGGACUGCUCCUCGCCCGCAGGCUGCUGAACAAAUUUGGCUUGGAUAAGGUGUACGAGGGCCAGGUGGAGAUCACCGGAGACGAAUUCAACGUGGAGAGCAUUGAUGGUCAGCCCAGUGCCUUCACCUGCUACCUGGAUGCCGGCCUUGCCAGAACCACCACUGGAAACAAAGUGUUCGGAGCCCUGAAGGGAGCCGUAGACGGAGGACUCUCCAUCCCUCACAGCACCAAGCGUUUCCCUGGCUAUGACGCUGAAAGCAAAGAGUUCAACGCAGAGGUCCACCGCAAACACAUCCUGGGUCUGAACGUGUCUGAAUACAUGAAGCUCCUUCUGGAGGAGGAUGAGGAAGCUUAUAAGAAACAGUUUGCUCGCUUCAUCAAGAAUGGAGUCACCGCCGAAAGUAUGGAGGAAAUGUACAAGAAGGCCCAUGCAGCCAUCCGUGAAAACCCAGUGCACGAAAAGAAGCCCAAGAGGGAGGUCAAGAAGAAGAGAUGGAACCGUGCCAAGCUCACACUGGGCCAGAGGAAAGAUCGCGUUGCUCAGAAGAAAGCCAGCUUCCUCCGUGCUCAGGCUGCAGAGGAGGAUUAAAUCAGCCUCACUAUAUGAUUUUGCAGAAUUUUGUUCUAAUAAAUCUAUUGGAAAAGA